AUGGCACCCAACAUCCAAGACGGCAACAACAAACGCAACCUUAUCAUCGUUUCCAACCGUCUUCCCCUCUCCGUCAAAAGGGUAGAUGGCGCAUAUCUAUCCAGUCUCUCAAGUGGAGGUCUCGUUACCUCGCUGUCCGGAUUGACGAAAUCGACAGAAUUCCGUUGGUUUGGGUGGCCCGGGAUUGAAGUCAAGGACUCCAAGGAUCGCGAGCAAGUCUGUCACAGUCUGGACGAGCAUAAUGCAGUCCCAAUUUUCCUAGACACCAAUCUGGCAAACGAGCACUACAACAAGUUUUCAAAUACUAUUCUCUGGCCUAUCCUGCAUUAUCAAUCCGGGGUGGUCUACGAAGACGGCCCAUGGCAGGCGUACAAGCGCGUCAACGAGAUCUUCGCCGACACCAUCGCGGAAGAAGCCACCAAGGGCAGUCUGAUCUGGGUGCACGACUACCAUCUCAUGCUGUUGCCCAGCCUCCUACGCGAACGUCUUAACAAACAAAACAAACCAUGUGCUAUUGGCUUCUCACUGCACACGCCUUUCCCCGCUGGAGACUUCUGGAAGGCACUUCCUGUGCGAAAUGAGCUUAUUGAGGGAAUGCUAUCGAGUGAUCUGAUUGGAUUCCAUACGGAUGAAUAUAAGCAAAAUUUCACCGAUACGUGCGCUCGUCUCUUGGGCGCGCGAACCGAAAUCCCCGGAAAGAUUCUCUUCAAAGACCGACUCGUUUGCGCCGAUAAAUUCAUCGUCGGAAUCGAUCCCCAGAAAUUCAUAGACACAUUGCAGAAACCGGAAGUCCAGCACCGAAUCGAACAGCUGCAGAACACUUACAAGGAUAAAAAGGUCAUUAUUGGCGUGGACCGGUUGGACUACAUCAAGGGCUUGACGCAGAAAUUGAAGGGUUAUGACAUGUUUUUGGAUGAUCACCCAGAGCUCAAGAACAAGAUUGUCUUGAUUCAAGUCGCCGUCCCAAGUCGUGAAGAUGUGAAAGAAUAUCAGGAGCUGGAGACGGAGCUCAGCACCAUUGCAGGAAAGAUUAACGGGAAGCAUGCUACCCCCGAUGGAACGCCCCUUCUCUACAUGCACCGCUCGGUCCCGUUCGACGAACUGACUGCGCUAUACUCCGUCGCCGAUAUCUGUCUUCUCACCUCCACCCGCGACGGAAUGAAUUUGGUUGCCUUUGAAUACGUCGCCUGCCAGAAGGAGCGACAUGGUGUGCUGGUCCUCUCCGAAUUUGCUGGGGCAUCCGCCUUCAUGCGAGAGGGAACCGUUACCUUCCACCCAGCGAAUACAACCGAGCUGUCGGAGGCUAUCAACAGGGCCGUGAAUAUGCGUGACGAGGAGCGAAAGAGAAAGCAUGAAAACCUGCGGCUCUUCAUUGAAGAUAAUACGAGUGCUAAAUGGGGAGAGACGUUUAUCAAAAGAUUGUCACAGCGCUUGUAG